AUGUCACGAGCUGAUUUUGUGAUUCAUGACAUCUACAAAUUAGAAAAGAAAUUAGGAGGUGGUUCAUUUGGGGAUGUCUUUCAAGGGUUAGACAUCACGAACAAAACACAAGUAGCGAUAAAAAUAGAGUUAAAGAGUUGUAAGCACCCGCAACUGUUAGCUGAAGCUGCCUUAUACAAAUACUUAGCUGAAGGGAAUGAAGGUCCUGGUUUAACCAAAGUGUUCUAUACUGGUGUUCAAGAUGAUUACAAUGUGAUGGUGAUGGAGUUUCUCGGGCCAUCCUUAGAAGAUUUGUUACAAUAUGUUUCCAAGCCGUUUUCGUUGAAGACGGUCUUGAUGAUAGUAGACCAAUGCCUGACAUGCAUCGAACGUGUUCACAAGAAGUUUUAUAUUCAUCGCGAUAUCAAGCCGGACAACUUUGUGAUGGGUUCUGGGGCGAAUGUUCAUUACGUGUAUAUCAUCGACUUUGGAUUAUCAAAGAAGUAUAUGGAGAAUGGCGUCCACAUCCCUUACACUGAAGACAAAUCACUCACCGGAACGGCUCGGUACGCAUCUAUUAACAACCACAAAGGCUACGAACAAAGUCGAAGAGAUGACUUGGAGAGUCUUGCGUAUAUGUUCAUCUAUUUCCUCCAAGGAAAAUUGCCGUGGCAAGGCUUCUCGCGACAAAAUAACACGGAAAAGUUCGACAAGAUCUUGAAGAAGAAAGAGGAAAUCAAUUUGGACGAAUUGUGCGCGGGGCUCCCACUUGAGUUUAAAACGUUCUUGAUGUAUUCCAGAGGACUCCGAUUUGAGGAAGAGCCAAGGUAUCAAUUUUGGAGAGAGUCGUUUCAAAACGUAGCAAGGGAGAAUGGCAUAGACUACGACGGGGACUUCGACUGGUAUAAUACCAAAAAAUGA